CAGUGCUCUCAGUCUCAGCAGCUGAAGCUGGGCGCAGGGGAACUGCGACGGCCGCGCCAAGCAUCUUCCCAGUGAUGGCCUCUGCUGAGCAACCGUGCACCAGCUUCCACCAGCAGCACUGCGCAUAAGGCAACACACCCACCUUUGCCCUCCUGCCCAGAAGUGAGAGAGACACCACAAUGUACAGUGUGGAGGACCUCCUCAUUUCGCAUGGAUAUAAAUUGCCCAAGAGCGGCCCUCCGUCUGCCACGCCUUAUGACAAGCGUCCUGCUGACUGCCAGCGUGAACUUGUGGACAACAGGGCUGGCCGGGGGACACUGAACGGGUAUGAGGCGGACCGGGGGGCAUCUAUCACAGGCAUCUAUGGCAGCAGGCAGGCACUGGUGAAGGGCUACCCCGCCAUAGACAACGAGAGCGGAGAAAGGAACCAAAGGAGAAAAGAAGCCGGCAUCGGUAUCCUAGGUGACGCUCAGCCCUUGGGUGAUUCUCUUGCUACAGAUAGUGGGUUCUAUGAUGUUCCUAGUUUAACUUACUCAGAACCACUGAGCCAUGAUGAGAGGGAUGUUUCCUAUUGGCGGAGGAGAGGACAGGACUUCAGCAUCCUUCUGGACUAUGCUGAUGGCAGGGAGCUGAGGGCCUCUGCUGCUGCAUGGAGGCCACAGGCCCUAUUAACAGCAGAAGAACACAGGGCCGAGAGACAAGCGCAGCAGCUAUGGGAGGACAUUUCAUGGCUGCGGGACCCCGAUUCAGCCCCUGGUCAGUUAAGAGUAACUGGGGAGAGGAAGUGCCAGAGCCUUGGUACAGAGGAGUGGAGGCCCGCUGUGGGCCUGGGCAGACAAUUGUCAGAUGGGGAUGGGGAGAGGUGGGCUCAGGACCAGUACCGUCUGAGGACACCUGAGGGAUUUUUUCACCCUAGAACUAAAGCAAAGUCUCAGUCUCUUCCCCGAGUUUUGUCACCUGAUGGAAAUGACUGUAGAGAGCUUAUUCCAUCCAGGCCAAGCCUACCUGAUAGACAAAGGCUAAGCAGUACUGUCUUCUCUGGGCCUUAUAGUAGGUAUGUCUACAGCGGUGCUCUUGGCAGGGACCGAUGGGGCAGGAAUGCCGGGCCAAGCAGCCAUGUUGCACUUUUACCAAAGCCCAGGUUCAGCAGGCCUUUAAAGCCUCCGUCAUAUGAGAUUCACCAGCAGACAAGGGGUAGCGCAGAAAUGCUCGCUAUAGACCAGGGUGCCAAACAAAAAGACAGGUCUAUCUAUUAUACUAGGAGUGAGAGACAAGACUAUUUCGCACAACACUCUGCCAUCUCUGGAAUGGAGCCUCCAGGCUACAUCCCACCCCCAUCUUAUAAAAGACCCCCACCCCCUAGAACAGUUUCAAUUAACCGGAAUGAAAUGGCAAAUCUAAGAUGGAGAGCAGAAGCUUUGCAGAUGCCUAUGUCAGAUCCUGGAAGGUGGUUUUCCAGACAGACAAGUACUUCGUGGCUGGAACAUUAUGGAGAUCGUGGUGCGUCCUACCGGAAACAGGUGCAUUCUGGACAUGAAGAACAACCAAGUCAUGCCCGUCAACUACCCACUGAAGACCCAAGAGUGAAACAAACCUCAGGAGGGCCUAGCGGAAAUUCUCUCACUGACUCAGACAAGAUCCGAAACGUCAACAAAGAGAUUCCUUCCGCUAAGACUUUAGGACAAUCUACACUUGAUAGUGCCUUUCCUCCCCAACAGGGGCCAGCUCUUAAUACUGACAACCGCAAAACAGCUCUCAAUGACAACGACAGCAGUAAUCGAUGGAGCAACAGGGGAAUCAGAAAAAGUGAAAGUGCAGGUCCAGAACAAAAUCGUAGUCAGUUUUUUCCCUCUUCAAUUCUAGGUAAACCACCCCCUCCCCCAUGUAAGUCGGUUGACCAGGGUGUCUCUGAAAUAGUGACAGAAGUAAAAAAGGUGGAACAACCUGAACCACCUGAAAAAGACAAAUCCAAGAAUCUAAAAAAGAGACUUAGUGAGACAAUUUUUUGUUUGGUGUCUGUCCCUGUAACUCCGCAGCUCACAGGUACAAUUCGUGAUCAAAAUAACAACAAUGAAAAGUCACCAGACCCGGCGGAUAGUCCUAGUAACAACAAAACUGGCCAUUUAACAAACCAAAGUCUCCAAAGCACAUCUUCAGCUGAGGCUGAGCUGCAAGCACUAACUGGUAGCAUAGCAAGCAGCAAAACAAGCAGCAGAGCAAGCAGCAAAAUGUUUAAAAAAGUAUCCUGUAGACCACCUAAGAUAAACCAUUACAAGGAGCUGAAAUUGUCAGGAUCCUGGCCUGCAAACCAGUAUCGAGACCAGGAAACACAAACAAGCCCAGAGGCCCGGAAACCUGCCCCUGAUGACAAGGAAGCACAAGAUCCUGCCGCGCCCAACACUGAAGUUCCACCUGAUAGCAGCAGUGUAGUGGGCACUGCCUUCAGUUUUCCUAUAAAGGGAGUGAAGAGCCUAAAACUGUCCAGCAACAGCGCCUUUUCCCUAACCGCCACUUUCUCCAACCAGCUGAACAAGAGCACAGCUCAGCAGCCAGCAGUACCACCCUCAGGAAAUGUGGAGGAGACCAAACCAGCAGCAAACAGUGGGAAGGAGGCAUUUGACCAAUUUGUGAUUAAACCAGCCAGCCAGCGAACAUGGGAUGCUGUGAAAGAGCUGGAGAACAUCAAAAAAGAAGUCCAGGAUCAACAGCAGCAGAGCAGCAAGCAGCCCAGCGUUGACAAGUGCAUAGAAGACCUCAAUGAGGCCUACAAAGACAUCUUGGAGCUAGGCACUGCCAGCAAUAAAGCCCCAAAUGGUUCUGUUCAAAUUCCCGAGCGUAUCAAAAUCCGAUUGACAUCAGAACCUCUCAACAAGCCCAGCAGCUUGCGGCGUAGUGCAGUUAGUUGGUCUGUUGAUCCAGAAUACAGGGAGGUUAAAAGCGCCUUCUCCAGGCCUGCGACAAAAUCAGUAACUUUCAGCAAGCAGCUUAGGGAGGAGCUCCCUGUCCCGCCCCGAGAGACAGGCUUUAGAGAAUACAGGGUUGUUGCGCAUCUUUCACGUAGACGAAGCAACGAUGGAAGGACAGUAAAACUAGACUUGCCGGAUGAGCCUAUUGAGACACCACUUUGUGACUUCAGUCCAACUACGCACACCACAGCAGCAGAGGUGCCAUGGGCAGAUAGACAGCCCAUGCAGGACGCCUCUACGCUCACUAGUCCUCCUGACUAUGAGGACAUAUGCCAGGCUUUGCGUCAGUCUAGAGACUCAACAGAUGUCAACAAAGCAUCUACAGGGACGUCUAAACCUGGUGAUGAGACUAUUCAAGAUCUAGGUGUUGAAUCAGAGGAGGAAUGCCCUAUUUGCAAAAGAGAACUUGAGAAUCAGAUGAGACAGGGCCCACUGCCUCCACUUCAUGAGGAGAACAGCUCAGACAGCUCAGCCAAUCAAAGCAGUCCACCGCAAUGUGCUGCAUUAGAAAGUCAAGCAGAGGAUACAAAAACACAGGACCCAAAUGACUCAAACUUGAAUAAGUCAGGGUCUGACCUGUGUGCUGAAACAAUGGAACAGCAUUUACUGACAGAGGAAAAUGUGGGUGGGGGUGAAAAAACAGACAAUGCUCAAGUAGAAAACCUGGACAAAUUGUGUACAGUUAAUCCUGCUGAAAGCAUAGCAGGGAGUGGAUCUACAGAGGAGGGGGCGUCCACAGUAUUAGUGACUGACGUGUCUACAGACUCUCAAGUCACAGAGGAACAGAGUGUUAGUGAAGGAGUGAGGGAAAAAGGGGAAUGUGAAGGAAAGGAAGCCAUUACAGGAGAAGCAUCUGAAGGCAGUGCAGAUCAACAGAGAGCUGAAGAGAAAAGUGAGCGUGAGGGACAAGACAGUACAGUGACGGACGACAAGCAGGAGCAAGAGAAGAAGCCAUUUGCUGUCCCAGAGCAUAGACUUGGUCUAAAGACUCAUCUGGGACGAGACCACCCAGGGUUACCGGAGUUUCCACCAGACAGACUGCCACUUUCAGUACCCCCAAACCUCGAUCGCAGGCUUUCUCUUAGCUUGGAGGGUGAGAGGAGAAGCAGGGGCCUCACCUCUCGAAUCGAAGCCCUGCAGAACAAACUUGCUAUUUCUCCAGGCCGAGUGGCAGUUGAGCGACUGUCACGGAUGAGGGAGGUGGACGUUAUGUAUCGUAUGAGACGCUUGAGCAUCAGGAGUACUGACUCUGGGGAAGGGGAGACAGAGGCAGAGGGCGAAGGCGAGGGCGAGGGCAAGGGUGAGCGAGUAGAAGAAGCCCUCCUUACCCCUCAAACAGACAAUGAAAAUGAUCAAGAGGUCACUCAUUCACAUCAGGUCUCUGAGGAGACAGGGCUGCAAGCUGAGGAGGAGUCAUCUCACUCAGAAGAACCCCAUGAUCCCAGUGGAGUGGAGACAGAGUAGAAAGACUGCGUCCAUCAUCUCCAUCUGAGGUUUUUAGCUCCAACACUGUGACCUGGCUGCCUACUAGAAUGCCUUCAUCUCAUCUUGACACUGAAAUGGCCUUCUUGUCCGACAAGAGCAUUGUGUACACCCUCACCCUCUGCGCUGCGUUGACUACUAAGAGUGCUGUUCCACUGCCAAAGGGAGGUGCCCCCUUUAACUUGCAGGGCAACUUCCAACCCUUUCCCCACCCUUUCCCAAACAGUCUCCCUAAACAAACUUCCCACCUUCCCGAUCUGUCCUCCAUCCCCGAGCCCAUUCUCUUCUAGGGUUUCUACUAGUUAGUCUUCUUGUAGCGGCUUGUCCUUUCUAUUGUAUCCUCCCUAUGCUUUUCUCAUUGGCAGACAUUAUGCAAUUCUGUCGCGCAUACUAGAACUUCUGAAAUGUCCAUAGUGAAUACAGUCAAGGCAUUCUUUGCAUAUUGAACAAAUCUUGUUUGUUUACGGGCGAGCUGUUAAGGAUAUGAAUGUAAGCGAUUCUCUUUUACUUACCUUAGACUUAGGAGGGUUAGUCUCACAACCUCUUCUGUUGCAUUUAAACUACACCAAAAUUAACUGCUUAUCUGAUUGUCGUGGUGAGGCGACAGCUGUUUGAGGACUGGAAAACACUGUCUCUGGCUUAAGAACUGUUUUUAAUUUUCAGAUUAGAUCAAUCAGCCUUUCUUUUUUUAAGGAAAAAAAAUCAACAACAUUGUGCCCUGUCUCAUUGCUUUUGUACACAUUGUAAACAUAACCCCAUAGGGCUCUUCAGUGAAGAGCUUUUCUAUACUGUAUAACAUGAUAGAUUAAUGACCUAUUCUACAAUGUACUGGUUCAAGCUGGAGGGGGAAGAGUUGCCUUUUUUAACUAGAUGUGUUUCUUGGAUUAGAUCAGGUAAAAUCCUGGGUUAGUGCCCUGAUCAAUCAGAUGUAAAGCUCCCAUUUCCAGGUAAUUUCAGGAAGCAAUAAAAAGGCACAGACUAAAUUUAAGUGGUGGCCGGCAACUUUGAUAAACAUUUAAGAUGGAUAUAUGGAUAUAGAACAAAAAAAAAGAAAAAAAAAAGAAAAAAAAAGAUUUGUAGAGCAAUAUUGUUGUACAAACAGCUCAGUGGUGUAGUGGAGCUACCUAUAGGAACCAUUGUCAGGAGUUCUAAUGCGAACAUUUCAUUCAAAUCAUAUUACAGGGAUAUGGAGUUGUGUCAGGGUAUUUGGGCGUUUAAUAGGGGGUGGGUCCUUUACUUCAUGGUAUAUAUCUAUGUUCAUUCAUCUGUACCGCAAAGAGACGUCAUUUCAUGGAAUAUUUAUUUUUUUUUAUCAUCAUAAUUGUUAAUCAGUUUUCAUAAUGUACAAAAUAAAGUAUAUUUUAAAUAUUUUAAGAGAUAUUUUGUAUUUAACCAUGAAAUUUUAUUUCUCCGCACUUCUAUCAAGCUGAAAAUAUCAUAUGUCUGUAUAGUAUCAUAUUGAGAGUAUACAUAAUUUUCUAGUGCUUUAAAUCUAAGAGAGUGAAAUGAAGUAGGGAUGGCCCUGUGGUGUGCCUUGAUCACACGGUUUGGUUUUCCACAAGCGAUGGGGUUCAUCACUGCAGGUGUUGACGCGAUGGAGAUUUUUUUCUGAUUGUGCCAUAAUUUCCUCUUUGAUAAUGCUUCUUCAUACGCUAACAGUUUGUUGUCGGACAUUCCUUGUGGUAUUUGGUAAAUUAUUUCCAUCUCAGCUGUAUUUCCCUAUGUCGGGUGUCAGAUAAGGUCCAUGUUGUAUAUGUGUUUUGUUUGUUUUUUGUCUUUGUUAUGUCUUCCAAUUUAUGUCAUGUACUGUUUUCUUAUGGGUUCCUCAAAACCUGUUUGGAAAUAAAUUUCAGUUAGAUAUUUAGUAACCCUUUCUUUUACAGUCCACUAAUGCAGCAUUUACCAGGUAACCAUAUGGUAAACUCUAGUAUAUUGGUGAGUAAUUACCACACUUACACAAGCUGAUGAAUUUAGAAGAAAGAAGCAACACUUCUGUCAGAAUAUUCUUAUAUCAUGUGUUUCUGCAGUUAUUUCAGUUGCUAUCUGUUAUGGCCAAAAAUGUGUUUUGUGAAGUUGUAGCUACCUUAAUAUUUUCACCAAAUUGUUUGACAUACUGUCAACCCACUGCUGAGAUAUUGCAUUAAAUCAAUGGACAGCAAUUGAUGCCCUUGACCUUUGGCCACAACAAUCUUUUCAGUUCAUCGAUAAGUCAAAGUAAAUGUAAAUAGUUCUUGAGAUCUUAUGUAAUAUGUAAAGACCAUAGCUCAAAUACUAAGAAAAAUUUUACUUUUAAACAACUGACUAAAUAAUGUCCAGUUGUGAGCAAUUUGAGUUUGUCAUAAAUCAAAUAUAAUGGUCUACUUGAAAAGUAGAUACCUCCACUAGUAAAUCCCAAUUCAAGUUAAAAUUAUAGCAGUUGAAGAUACAUGCACAGAACACAGCCUGUACUUAACAACAUGUACAAUAACACCAGAGGAAAACUGGGACUGUGGAUGUUAUUUGCAAUUAAAAAAAACUUUUUCAUUUUUAAGGUACAUCUAAUAUUCUCUUUUAUAACAGGAUGUAGCUAUGAACAAUAGCAAUGCAAGACAAAUUAUUGAUCGGAAAAACUAUUCUAUCAUUUCUAGACAGCACACAAUUACCAAUAUUUAGUCAAUCUGAUGUAUAAUAGUGGGUAUUUGUAUUUCAACUGUAGUUUCUCAGAAUUUACCAGUUAAAUACUAGUAUAUGGGGGACUGUAACAGGAAGGGUUGUUUUUUCUUUUCCUUCAUUUUUUUCUUGUCCUUUUUAAAUUUUUGUCAUUCAGCAACAUGUUCUUUUGUGUAAAGGUUCUGCUGUCGCUAUAACAUUUUUGCACUAAAGGAUAAAAUGCAGACUUUUGGGUUUAAACCACAUCUUUGCCAAAAUGCGUUUUUUUUUUUUUUCUUUCUCAAAAAACUGUGGAUGUUUAUUACACCUAAAAUAAAUGAAGGUCAUUAAAAUCUUAAAGCAUUUUGGCCAAAAAAAAAAAAAAAAAAAAUGCAGUGAUGUGGUUUUCCACAACAGCAGUGCUGCAUUGGUGUAAUGUAUCAACAACAGACCUAUAGGUAUCCAUCACUGUUUAGUCACUCAAAAAGAUCAGUUAACUGUUAUGUAGCAUUUACAGUUGUAGCAUUUGAUCAACUCAGAAGUUUGUCUCAGUAUUUUAAACAUUUCUUGUAAAUUUGGAAGUAUCAUAUCGCCUUAUUAUGUGUGCAUUACAUUACACUCCAGGCAAUGCCAAAUACGUACUAAGCACUGUUUCAUACCGUCUAGGUUUUUAAAGACAACUUAUUUACUGUUCUGCCAUCCCUCUAGCUGGAGAGGUAGAGUAGCAUUGUGGAUAGUUUCUGCUCUUCAUGCUGUUUUAUCUGUAGGAACAUUGAAUCAAAACUGUGAACUUCAAACAAAGCUAAAAGCAUAGUUAAAGAUAAAAAA